UUUCUCUCUAUCUAUCCGUUUCGUUUUGCUUCGGCUUCUUUAUCCAUCUCUCUCCACUGUUUUCUCAACUCUGUUUUUUCCUCUGUUUUCUUAAGCUUUUGUUUUCUGAGUUUUUUUUUUCUUUUCUUUUUGUUUUUUCUUCCAAAGAUCUCUGGCAAUGUCGACCAUAGAAUCUAAAUUCGAGCAAAACCCACCUCUUAAAACCGAGAAAAUUUUUCUUGGAUUCCAAAUUUGCGUGAGAAUUUUGGCCACUGCCUCUACAUUGGUUGCAACAUGGAUGGUUCUCACUAGCAAACAGUCUACAGAGAUCAUUGGCAUGAAAUUCGAUGCCCGAUACAGCUAUUCCCCUGCUUACAAGUUCUUCGCUGUGGCAAACGCCAUUGCUUGUGUGUUUUCUGUGCUGUCUUUGUUUCUUGUUUUCCUUCUCAAACGUCAAUGCUCCAACCCUGCCAACUACUUCUUCCUGUUCCUUCAUGAUUUGUUCAUGGCGUUACUAGUUCUCGCUGGAUGUGCAGCCGCAACAGCAAUAGGGUACGUGGGGAAGCAUGGGAAUGACCAUUCGGGUUGGCAGCCAAUUUGUGAUCACUUUGGCAAAUUCUGUAAAAGAAUCACAAAUUCUGUGAUAUUGUCUUACUUGGCUGUCUUUUUCUUGCUCAUGCUCACCAUCUCUUCUGCAAGCAAAUCUAGACAGAUUCAGGUUUAGACUUUAAGAUCAUACCCAUUUCAUCUUCAUAUAUAAUAACAACAAGAAGGACCAGUAGAUGAUAAUGGAAUAUAUCUAUCUAUCUAUCUUUUGCAUAGGCUCUGUUGUAUUUUUGUGCAAAUUAUGUAUCUGCUAUUGUAUCGUUUGGUUUUUUAGGCAAAACUUAGCAACAGCUUUGUUUUUAAGUAGCAAAUGAAACUACAGAUUGAAAGUUGUAAAACUUUUAUACUUCUGUUUAGUUCAAUUUUAUUUGGAUCAA